AUGGAGUACAACCCCUCUGACCAUCCUCGGGCCAGCACAAUAUUCCUCAGUAAAUCUCAGACGGAUGGUGAGUUGGUCUCAAUAAAUCAAUGAAUCUCAGAAUCUUUGGAAUCCCUCAACGGGAGCAUUUAACAUGGACUUUUACCUAAAGCCUUUAGGGAAGACCAAAGGUUUUCCUGAUCAUGUGUCCUGAUCAAGAAAACCCCCAGGUUUAUCAGUGAAAGCUCCUGGGCCCAUAUUCAUAAAGCAUCUCAGAGUAGGAGUGCUCUAGAAUCCGUUUUUGCAUUUUAGAUCAUAAUGAAUAAGAUCACAUGGACAGGGGGGACCUGAUCCUAGAUCAGCACUACUACUCUGAGACGCUUGAUACAUACGGCAGUACAGUAUAACCUCUAUAACACAAUACAAAGUAUGAUAUUACAAUCCCAGAUCACAUAGCAUCAUUGAACACAGUCAGCUUUGAGCUCGGUGGUAAUUUAUGCCUUGCCCUGGGGUGUUUCACUAGCAGUACCAGCAGCCUCCGGGGAUUCUCAUCCUAUCACACUGUUACUGUGUUUUUCUCUGAUAAAUAUUAACAUUUUUCUAGGAAGGAUAACAUUACAACACAUGCUUAUGACUGAUUCGAAGAACUUUGAGUCAUGCUUAGUUAUGUUGUACUGUAACAAGACAGUACUAGCAGCAGAGCAGGUUAAGUGACACCGUUGUCCAGAAUCGAAGCUGCAUCUGAGAAAAGGUGACAUUUGAUACUUACCCAUGUAUUAAAGUGAGAGCCAAUGAUAGUUGUGCGUUUUUUUGAGUUGGACAGGUAAAUUAAGUAAUGGAUUUUGGUUCUCUUUCAGUGGAGUUGCCUAGCAACAAUGGUGAGUAUAAGUUUAGGCUACUGUAUGUCACGAAGUGGUUCUGCUUCCCCCUAGCUGCAGAGUGGAAUCUGUCUCUAAUGUUCUCUAUGCCUAGACAGCAUUAGGGGUGAAUCCUAGCUUCCACUUAAGUGAAUGUUUUACUUUAAUAGUUAUGCAUUGAUGUCAAGUUACAUUUUAACCUAUGUGGAAGCUAGGACUUGCCUUUAUGACUAACCAGCUCUGAUAAUGUGAUAUUAACCGCGUUGUCCUCUUUGUGCACACUUUGAAAUGCUUCUCUCUCUACAGUUUGUCACAAAUAUUCCAUGUAGGGUCCAUAGAAGCCUUGCUGUUUCAGCUCAGAAUGUCUUGCUGAUCAUGCUGGCAAAUCUACCAUUAUGCUUUUUUCUAUUGCUUGUGCAAUUUCUAGGGCAAUGCCGAUAACCAAGGAUCAAAGCCAAACUCUUUGUCUUUUUGUCUCUGUGUUUAGUGCGUGAAAAAAGAAAGAGCCUCUUCAUCAAUCAUGUGAGUAUUAAAUGCUUAUUAAAUAUAGGCAAAUGUAUUAUUUCAUGAUAUUGGACAAUUAGUCUUUGUAACUGAUUCAUAAUGUAUGAAUUGCCCAUGAUAAUUCCUUGUUGUUUUACAAGUUAACACACAUUGACGAGUCAAAGGUAAUGUACAACAUUAUUUAUGUGUCCUCCAUGGAUCCAUUCAAUUGCAACUCAUGUGACAUCAUGUUAAAUUCAUGUUGUUAGUGCCGGCUUGCAUCAUUCAUGGUAACAUGUUAGGAGUGAAGAACUCUCUGCAUUAUUGUAAAUGAUUAACAAUCUUUAGAUAGCCGAUACACAAUUACGUUUCAUGUCUUCAUUUGUUAUGCAUGUCCAUCGCAUGCUACGUUUGAGGAAGUAGCCUACUGUAGAAACCUUAUUUCAUGUAUCAAUAUGCCCUCUACUAACAACAUGCCCUCUAAUAACAGUCAGCUUUUAUAAUUGUAGCCAUAGAUGUGUAUUUGUAAUUCUACUUCAUUAUCGUAGCAUGGAUCAAGGAGACGAAAACACAGCUCCUGUUCCACAAUCUUCCUCGAUGACAACACUGUCAGUCAGCCCAACCUUAAAUUCACCAUCAAAUGGUGAGUGUAUGUCCCAGUUACAUUUGCAUGAGUUGACCUAUGGGACAGACAGAAUGUCCUUGUUAUGACAAAUGCCUCAACAACGGCCUGUUUUUUCUUCUCUACAGUGUAUCCCUUGCAAUAUAUUACCAUAUAAAGAACAGGUAAGAAUACCCUAUCACUUUGAGCAAGCAAUGCCUUGAAUGGAGAGUUUGGCUAGCUAGUGUAACAGUUCAGUAAAACAUUUAACCUUUCCUGAAUUGCCUGUUUCAGGGACACAGAUGGAGGAAUGCGGCAAGACAUUUUUGACGAGAAGCUUCACCCUCUCACGGUAAUAGCCGAAGCAAUCCGUGCAUGUGUUCAUAUUGACCCACUGUGUUUUAUGCGUGCAUGAAUUUAGUUUUUAUACAGUGACCCUGUUCAUAAAGCCUUCAUGUUCUCCUACUCCCACAGAAAUCAGAAGUGCCGUCUGACUAUGACAAACACGACCCAGAGCAGAAACAGAUCUACCGCUUCGUCCGGAUGCUGUUCAGCACUGCUCAGCUCACUGCAGAAUGUGCCAUCGUUACACUGGUAAAGGAGGGGGAUGGUUGACUCCAUUGUUUGCAUCCCAAAUGGCACCCUAUAACCUAUAUAGUGCACUACUUUUUACCAGGUAGCUUGCCAAUGGGAUACUCAAUGUUUCAUCAGAGGUGUCAUACAGUAAGUUCAUUCUCAACUCAUCAGCAGUGGUGGAAAAUAACCCAAUUGUCAUACUUGAGUAAAAGUAUAGAUACCUUAAUAGAAAGUUACUCAAGCAAAAGUCAGCCAGUAAAAUACUACUUGAGUAAAAGUAUUUGGUUUUAAAUAUACUUAAGUAUCAAAAGUAAAUGUAAUUACUAAAAAAUACUUUAUCAAAAGUAAAAGUAUAAAUCAUUUAAAAUUCCUAUUAUUUAGCAAAGCAGACUGCACAAUUUUCUUGUUUUUGUUUUAUUUUUGGUUAGCCAGGGGUACACUCCAGCACUCAGACAUUAUUUACAAAAGAUGCAUUUGUGUUUAGUGAGUGCCAGAUCAGAGCCAGUAGGGAUGACCACAUGUUCUCUUGAUAAGUGCAUGAAUUUGACUAUUUUCCUGUCCUGCUAAGCAUUCAAAAUGUAACGAGUACUUUUGGUUGUCAGGGAAAAUGUAUGGAGUAAAAAGUACAAUAUUUUCUUUAGGAAUGUAGUGAAGUAGAAGUUAUCAAAAAUGUAAAGUACAGGUACCCCAAAAAACUACUUAGGUAGUACUUUCACACCUUCUCAGACUGGGCAGACAGAACUCCUCUCCACCAAGUUAUUUUAUCCCCUUUAGCGACAUGUUUGAUCAUCUGGUGUCCUGUUGGUUACUGUCUCAGUAUGUAUAUCCCUGGUCAGACACAGGCUUGGAGUGUUCCUGUCUCAGGCUGAUCACCAGAGGCUGCCUAACUAGCCUGUGAGUGCAUCCCAAAUUGCACCCUAUUCCCUAUUUAGUGCACUACUGUUGACCAUGGCCCAUAGCUCUAUAUAGGGAAUAGGUUGCAAUUUGGGACACAGGCCCCAGUCUGUCAGAAGAAGCCUCCUAACUAGCCUGUGUCUGUGGACGGCUGGCAGGCAGAUUCAGAGGCUGUCAAGGGCAGCAGUGGAGGAAAACUAGGUCAACCGCCAAAGCCAGUAAGCCACUGAGUCAUCAACGUACAGUACAAGGCCUGGGGCUACUACUCUACUGCCUGUGGAAUACACAGACGGUCUGCAGCCAGAGCAGAGAAGGGCUAAUGUCAGCAUCACAGAAACGCAUUUUCCACACACCACGUGACAUUUCCAUGCACCAAUGUUGUGGCCUUGUCUUCAAUUUACACACAUCCUUGGCUUGUCUCCUGAGAUCAUCCUGAGAGCGCACUGGGGGCUGAUGGGAGCUGUGAGAGAGGGAUUAGGGUGUGUGGUGUGCCUUGGGUGAGUAGUUGUGGGGUUGAGGGGGAGUUCACAGGAGGUCACUGUAUGAUUCAAGCUUGAGAUACGGGUCAGAUUUUGAACACAGCUCUGUGUGUGCCAAGCAUUAUCAGGAGAUUAACAUACUAUUUAGGGAAUAGGGUGCCAUUUGGGAUGCAACCAAUAUCACAAAGGUAGUUGCCUCAAUUGCCUCGUGACUUUAGUAUUAAUUUUCCCAUUGUGUUUUUCAGGUGUACGUUGAGAGGCUGCUGACGUAUGCAGAGAUAGACAUUGGCCCAGGGAACUGGAAGCGUAUCGUGCUGGGAGCCAUCCUGUUGGCAUCUAAGGUCUGGGACGACCAGGCUGUGUGGAACGUAGACUACUGCCAGAUCCUCAAAGACAUCACCGUGGAGGACAUGUGAGUUGAUCGAUCAAUCGAUCAAUCGAUCAAUCGAUCAAUCGAUCAAUCAAUCAAUCAAUCAAUCAAUCAAUCAAUAUAUGGAACAAAGACUACUGUCAGAUCCUCAGACAUCACUGUGUAUAACAAGUCUGCUACACUUAUAUAGUCAUUACAAUUGUGUGAGAAAUACAAACAGGUGAGACACUGAAGUAUGUCACGUCUAGAGUGUAUGUCCACGACUGGAAUGGGAACAUGAUACAUUUUAUUUUCAGGAUGUUAUUUUCAACAGGGACUCUUCUGCCGGCUAAUUGUAGCUGACCUGUUUUGCUGCUUGCAUUUGAAAAUACACACUUUUUCUGUAUAAAUGCUUAGACUUAAAGCAUUACUGACUUAUGGUUGACACUGGACCACAUUUUGAAAUCAAAAGCAUGUACAUUCAUGUUUUUACACAGACGCUUUGGAACGUGCCCCUAAUAUGUUGGUUUUGAUCUCUAGGACAGUGAGCUGUCUACGUAACAGUGCCACCAAUUGUUGUGAAAAAAAAAUAUAUCUCACUUUUUUCUGAACAGGAACGAGUUAGAGCGUCAGUUUCUGGAGCUUCUUCAGUUCAACAUCAAUGUUCCGUCAAGUGUUUAUGCCAAGUAUUACUUUGACCUGCGCUCACUGUCAGAGACCAACAACCUGAGCUUCCCUCUUGAGCCCCUGAGCCGGGACAAAGCCCAAAGACUAGAGGUGAGCCACCACUCAAUCUAGCUGUUUAUCAAUGAUCACAUUUAUUUAUAAAGCCCUUUUUACACCAGCAGCUGUCACAAAGUGAUUUUACAGUAGAGCACUUUCUGACAACUGCUGAUCUGAAAAUACAUUUGAUAGAUUCAUUGAUGGCAGCUGGUCCUCUGAAUAGGCUUGGUUUAACACUUGGACCUGAAGAUGUAGUCCAUGCCUGAAGGGCAAUAAAAAUUCAGUUCAAGCGAUACAUCUGAGUUUGUUUAUCGAUUCACCAUGUUCUGUUGUUCCUGCAGGCAAUCUCGAGGUUGUGUGACGACAAGUACAAGGAUGCCAGGAGAGCUGCCAAGAAGCGCACCAUGAGCGUGGACAACCUGGUCGGGGUGCGAUGGGUCCCUGCCAUCCUCUCCUAACAACCAGGAACAUAGACUAGACCUGAGACUGGGCCUCAGGCCAGCAUGGGGACAUCCAGUCUUUUUACCUAGAGUUGCAAAAUUCUGGUAACUUUCCCCAAAUUCCCAGGUUUU